CCUGCGGCAAUCGGAUCGAUCGGAGUUCGCAUCUACGCCGCGGCGGUUCUUUUCGAUCGCUUCGGAACGCGAUGAGAGGUUGCCUUUGCUACCUGUCUUCAGGGGAUACCGUCGUAAAUAGCAGCGAUCUUUGGAUAUGUCGUGUCUGCGAUAUACCGGUAUGCUGUAUAAAUGGGGGGUAAUUGUCAUGGCUCCUGGAGAUCGGGUAUGCGACAGUCAUAGACUCAGUCACAGCGCCAGACAUGGACCACUUCGACGCAGACUCGCUGCGAUCCUACCCAUCCACUGUCGCAUUGGAUAACUUCCCUCCCUCAAACGCGAUUUCGCCAUGGCGAUCAUCUUCCUCUUCCGCUCCCACCGUUGAAGACGAAUCGCGAGAGGGGCACAGGCGACGGCCCAGCGAGAUCCUCCUCGGAUUCCCCCGCCCUCCUAGCCGUGCACAUGUCGCAACGAAAACUCUCAUCUCGAGGCCGUCUGUCAAGACGCUUCGUAGGAAUUUUAUGAUUCACGAGCUGCCUCUUCUUCAACAGCCUAACCCGUACUAUGACGAAUCUGAAGAGUUCAAUCCUGUCUAUGACCCUGGCUUAUCCUAUGAUCUGAUUGCACCAUCGCACGAUACGGACGAAGCUCCGCCGCUUCAUGACCUUGAGCGUCUCGCUGAUCUCGUAUUCUCAUCGGAGCAUAUGCUUACCGUUCUGAACAACCCGCGCUAUCUUGCGCAAUUUCGCGAAUUUCUGCUUGAGGAGCGUCCCCGCUCUCUCCAUCGGUUGACUUAUUAUUUGACGGGGCGCAAGGCUCUCAAGGCAAUCGACUACGCGAACGGCUUGGUGCGAUGCGUCGUCGAUGAUGCUCAGCCGAAAUCAUCAACGUCGGGGUUGUUAGGACAGAAGAUCGGAGAAAUCGCCCAUCCGGCACUGCAACAACGAGUACAGGAGGCUCUCAAGGUACUCACUGACGAGGAACUCCCUGCAUUUAUUACCUCGCGCUGCAUCGGCAUUACCAGCCGGGUAGUGGAGGAAAGGGUCAGGGGGACCUUACCGAAAAGAUUUCAAAGAACAGACGAGGAGAAGGGGUUGGCGGAGGUAUUCUGUCUUACGGAUCCAUCGAGGCGGGACAAUCCGAUAGUUUUUGCUUCGGAGGAAUUCCAUCGCACGACACAGUAUGGAAUGGACUACGUGCUUGGUCGGAAUUGCCGGUUUUUGCAGGGACCAAAGACAAAUGCGAAUAGUGUGAGGAGAAUUAGGGAGGCGAUAGAAGCGGGGAGGCAUCAUUCAGAGUUGUUUCUGAAUUACCGUCGGGAUGGCUCACCAUUUAUGAAUCUCCUCCAAUGUGCUCCACUAUGCGACAGCCAUGGCAGAGUGAGGUACUUUAUUGGUGCUCAGAUCGAUGUUAGUGGAUUGGUUAUGGACGGCGUCCAGAUGGAAUCGCUGCGAGAUUUGCAACAGCAACAGAUGAGAGAUGGUGUUGAAGUGACAGAUGCACCCCUUGGGAUCCAGAAAGACGAGUUUCGUGAUUUGAGUGAGCUAUUCAGUCCACGCGAGUUGAAGGUCACCCAAGAUAUUGGAGGAAGUCUCUUCCAGCCAGUGACUUCUCCGGCAUUGCGCAAUAGCUCCCGGACAAAGUGGUCUGUUGCCGAUGGCGAGGAUUCUGUUGAGCCGAAGGCGAAAAGAGAGACAAGCAUCAUGACAGGUACAGCGUUGGUGGGCGCUUACGAGAAUUAUCUUCUCGUCCGACCUUAUCCAUCCCUAAGGAUAUUGUUUACUUCGCCGUCGCUUCAAAUUCCUGGAAUACUACAGUCCUCUUUCCUCUCUAGAAUUGGGAGCAGUGCAGCAGUCAGGGAUGAAUUGCUGCAUGCAUUAAUGAGCGGACGGAGCGUCACGGCGAGAAUCAAAUGGUUGACGAGAUAUAAUGCACAGGGGAGGGAUAGAUGGGUUCAUUGCACGCCGCUGCUGGCAAGUAAUGGGGAGGUGGGAGUUUGGAUGGUGGUCGUUGUAGACGAUGAUGAGUGACAUUAACCGUCACUAUGUUCGUGAAUUGCACAUGGGCACAUCUGAGUAAUAGUGAAUAUAGAGAUAAAACUGAUCACGUGCUCAUGAAAGCGUGAUUCCCAUCGAUAACAU